CAGUGUUUUGGAGAUAAAACAACUGCGUCCGCUAAGUAACCUAAAAACCCAGCGGCUCUUCUCUUACUCUUAAAUACAACCGCUUCAUUCAUUUCUUUUAUUCUACAAAGCACCAUCCUCCUCUCUACCUCUUCGUCUUCAAAGGAACGAUAUUUAAUCAGAUUCUUUCCUCUUCUUAUACUACUUUGAAAAUGCGUAUGAGCUGUAAUGGGUGUCGCGUUCUUCGCAAAGGCUGUAGUGAGAAUUGCAGUAUACGACCUUGUCUGCAGUGGAUCAAAUCCCCCGAGUGUCAAGCUAACGCCACUGUCUUUCUCGCUAAGUUCUACGGCCGUGCUGGUCUGAUGAACCUCAUCAACGCUGGCCCUGAACAUCUCCGUCCUGCAAUUUUCAGGUCUUUGUUAUACGAGGCUUGCGGGAGAAUAGUGAACCCGAUUUAUGGGUCGGUGGGUUUGUUAUGGUCGGGUAGUUGGCAGCUUUGCCAGGCUGCUGUUGAAGCCGUGCUCAAGGGGGCUCCGAUUACGCCUAUUAAUUCUGAAGCCGCUGCGAUCAGCCAGGGUCCCCCGCUGAAGGCGUACGAUAUUCGCCAUGUUUCAAAAGAUGAUAACUCCGCGGCGUCAGUUGACCGGGUCAAGACCCGGUGCCGGGUUAAGCGAUCAAUCAAGCCGAAAGCUAGGAAGAUUGAGUUUAACAACUCGGUUGAUGAACCAGCACGGUCCCCGGAGACGAAGUGUUACGUGGAUGAAAUGAACCGGUCCACGAGCCACGAAUCGUCACUGAGUCACCAGUCCGAGUUGGCUGUUGUUGAGAAUGAGAGCAAGGAUAGUGAGAGCAUGGUGUCCGCCGAGACAGCUGAGACGGCCCCGCUUUUCUUCCGAACCGAGCAACAGUCUGGUGCGAGGCUGAAUGAGCAAGCCACCAAGGAUGACAUGGGCUUGGGGCUAGAGCUGACACUGGGGUUUGAGCCGGUGGAUUCACGUGCAAGCCACGUGGUACCGGUGAAGAAGAGAAGAUUAGAAGCAUGUGGCACGUGUGAGGGGGACACGUGUAAGAUAGAGCUGGGGCUUGAUUAUGCAGCUUAGUUUAAAAGUGAAGCCGUUGAGAGUAAAUUUUGGCAGCUUGGCGGCUCUGUUAAUUCCCAUAGAAGAGAUGUGAAUUUCGACUCUUUUCUUUUUCAUUUUUAUUUAAUUUUGUAAGUGUUUUAAUAUUUGUUUUUUUUUUUUCCCUUUAUGAUGAAAAUGAACAAAGAGAUGUACAAACUUGUGGGGUUUUUAAAUAAAUAGAUAUGGUAAAUGAAUAGAGAGAACUUAGAGGACUAAAAUUACACA